AUGGCCUCCCUCCGACCCCGUACCCUCCCUCUCUCAGUCCGAUCGCUCCGAUCAGCGCUCCGCUCAACGAGACCCUCACCAAUCUACUCUUUAUCUGCAACCGCACCCGCCUCAUCAAUCCAAACACCUCCAACUCGCGCACACUCAACAUCCUCCGUCUCCGCCGAUGAACUCUCCCACUUUUCCGCCCUCGCCAGCUCCUGGUGGGACCCAAUGGGCCCCUCCCGAAUCCUGCACCUAAUGAACCCCCUCCGCCACGAAUUCAUCGCCUCCUGCCUAGCAGAAGGAACCCCAACUCCAACCGCAUCCACUCCCGCCACGGCAACCCUCAACUACCUCGACGUAGGCUGCGGCGGGGGCAUCUUCGCCGAGUCCCUCGCGCGAACAAUUCCACUCGACCCAACAGCCGCAGCCCCAACCCCAACCCUCGCCGCCUCAAUGACCGCAAUCGACCCUUCAACAGAUCUAAUCCAAAUGGCGCGCGAGCACGCGCGCCUAGAUCCAACCGUCGACACGCAUCUGCGCACAGGCCGUUUCAAGUACCUUAACACAACGCUGGAGGAUGUACUUGCCGGCAACGCACCGAUUUCGACAUCCGCUCCAAACUCCAGCCUUCCAACUCAAACUCCCUCACAGUACGACAUCGUAACCCUCUUCGAAGUGCUCGAACACAUCGACCCGAAAACCUCAACGCCUCUAGGCUUCCUCACAAAUUGUUUGCGCGCACUCAAGCCUGGCGGUUGGCUAAUUGGGUCUACUAUUUCGCGGACGUUGCCGUCAUUUAUUCUGAACCAGGUUAUUGCUGAAGCGCCGUGGCCUAUUGGUGUUGUGCCGCGCGGGACGCAUGAGUGGGGUAAGUUUGUUAACCCGGAUGAGGUUAAGGGAUGGUUGCAGGAGGGGUUGAUGAGGGCUGCUGAUACGGGUGUUUCGAGGGGUGGGAGUGCUAUUGCGGAGGGGAUGAGGUGGAAGUGUGUAGGUGCUAUUUAUGUUCCUGGGAUUGGGUGGAAGAUGGUUCCUGGGAGUGAGGACUGGGGGAAUUAUUUCUGGGCUGUUAGGAAGGAGGCUUAG